AAUGCUGAGUCGACCAUAUGCAUUCAAUUGUAUACUGCGGCUGAGGACAUCUUCUGAAUUCAGUCCCGGUCAUUCUUAUGGUCAUUUCUUCCUAGAUCCUCAAUAUGAAAAUGUUCAACAUAUCAUAUGUUGUGAUUCUUAUGCAACCUAUGCUUAUGACUUCGAUUUUGCCAAUAAUACUGGCUUUUCCAGACAUGUUGCAGAACAGCCUGUGUUGCAGAUUGCUUUCCAAUAUACAGUUGUUGUGCCUCCUGAAGAACUUAAAAGUUCAGAACCAGUUUCAUCAAGUAGAAGCAAGAAUUCACUGAAAAGAAGACUGAGGAUACGAACACUGCAAUUUGGAACUUCCCAAAACAUUAAUGAACUUUAUGACAGUGUUGAUCCUGAAGUGGUUCUAUCAUUACUUGUUCACAAGGUUAUAUUAGCCUCUCUGGGCCAAGGAGUACGAGAGGGCAGGAUAUUGCUUCAUGAUUGGCUAGUAAUCCUCACAGCUCAAUACAAUGAUGCCUUUAAACUUGCUCAGUGCAAGAAUGGAAGUUCCGGGACUUCUCAUAUUGAUGUUUCAUUUUCACAAUGCCCACAACUUCAGCCUUUACCUCGAUUAGUUUUUGCUUUGCUUCGAAAUCCUCUUCUCCGCUUACAUGAAGAAGGUGUUCAUCCUGACUACAGGAUCUAUUUGCAAUGCCUUUUCAGGUAUUUGUUGCUCAUGUUGAUAUUGGAAUCAUUCACUUAUCCAAAAGGCAUUUAUAAUGUUUUGAACUGUUAGAAUAUAGAUAAUUAACUGAGUCAUUUCCUAUUAGUUUAAGCAUUUAGGAUAGUUGACGAUUAUAAAUUAUUUGACAUGAUACCAGACUAAGAAGUCUAGAAUUUAAAUCCUGGUUAUUGCUCCAUUUUUUUAAUCAAGUUUCAGCAUGAGAGUGGACUUGUGUUUGAUCCACCUUUUAGUUAGCAGGUUUGUGCAUGGAGGAAUGUGUUAAGAGUGCAAAUAAUUGAUGGGAUUUUUUCUUGUAAACUUGAACUUUUAUGAUAAUUUAAGAGUGUUAACUUACUAUGUCAAACAGCAAUUCAUUUUCUCGCAUUGUCAAAUGGCAAUUAUGUGCUUAACUGAUGAUAUUAGUUUGUGUCAUAGAUGUGAAAAAAAUUCAUUUUGUAGGCAAAUAGGAUUGACGAAUGAGGCAUGUGCCUUUAUGUUAUCGUCAUGGCACACUUACUUCCGAAUGUUCCUUGGAUAUUUCCCAGAGGUCUCCUAAACUAGGACUUGUACCUUAAUAGCAAUUUAGCAACCCCAGGUACCUACAUUAAUGAGACGGGUUUUAAAGCCUGCUUAGUGUCAUGGCACACUUUUUUUGAGAAGAUGGCUUCUAGCACAUAUUGACAAUAUGCCGGCAUGCUUCGUAACUUCUUUUAACGUUAUGAAGAAUUUGAAGGUGACUAUGACAGACAUUAACUAAAUAUUCUAUUAACAGUGGGUGCCAUCGAUUUUUAAAAUAAGUGGAAUUUAUAAAUUAGUCAAAAUGUUAAUGAGAUCCUGCUAAAUCUUUACAAGAAGGGGGUGAUCCUUAAAACAAAAACUAUAGGAUCAUGAAAAAUGCAUCUCUAACUCUACCAAAAGAAAGAGCCACAUCUUCAAGUUGUAUUUCUUUCUAAAAAACCUACGUAGUAACCAUGUGGUCAAGAGAAGUUUUCUUCUCCUAUUUUCCUUCGGAUAACGUGCCAAGCUAAAGCUAAAUUUGAUAUUUACCCUAAAGUCACCCAACUCAGCUUGAGGAAGUGAACAACUACAUACCAGAGGUGAUGAAAGAAAGGACACCAUAAAGGCAAAUUAUCUGAGGUCUCCAAGGUCCCUUACAAAGAUAGCAACCAUAAACAAGAUCUUUCCAUUUUCCUGAAGAUUGUUAGUAGUAACAGUCUUCCCUUGCUAUCUCAAAAAGAAAAAAAAAAGAAAAGAAAAGAGCUCCCCUUGUGCAACUUCCCACAUCAGAUAAGAAACUAUUCUUCCAUUUGGCUAGUCUUUACUCAAAACUAGUCACCACUAGAUCCCAAAUGGCUGUUUCUAAACUUAGCAUCUAAUUUGAGCCCAUGAUAUUUGAGGGACAAAGAGAACAUCUUAGAGACCAUCUCGGCACAUGCCUUCGUCUCUAGGCCUUCCUCGAAUUGGACCACUUGUAACAUGGCUAAUUUAUCUGUACAUCUAAGUCAACCAAGAAAGAGAAAAUAUAUCAUGUUUAGGAGGGCCUUGCAGUUCUGUCUGCAAAUAAAAUAUUAUUAUUAGAAAAGAGUAGGUCAGUUGCCUCCAAGAUAUCUUCAUAUCCAACAACCAAACUUUGAAAUCUAUCUUGCUUCACAUCUCUUGCAGUAAGUCUGUUAAGGGCCUCCAAAACGACAAUGAAAAGGUAGAAAAGAGUGCCCCCUUAUGAUAUGGAACCCGAUGAUCAAAUAUUAGAUUCAGAACACUCAUAUAUAUUUAGCAUAAAUAACUUAGAAUUCUAAAUAAAUCCUCCCUACCAACUAACCUGUAAUUGAGAAUUUAAAUGAUUAGAUGAAAGAAGCAAAAAUGAAUAAACACCACAAGAUAACUUAAUAAGUUAAUUCAAUUUUUAAUGCAACAAGAAGAAUAAGAGUUCUCACUUGUCAAAAUUCUACCAAAAGCAAUGA